UUUACAUGCUCAGUGUUUACACGUGAGAGCUAACGUGAGAGCUAGAGAGAUAAGUAUAAGCUAUUCAAGAACAUAUAUAAAAAUGGUGCGGACUUGUGAUUACCCAGGCUGUAACAACAAAAAUCUGGCUGAAUAUCCGAACAAAUUUCACCGUUUUCCAGUCACGGACGUUGCUCUGAGGCGACUUUGGCUUCUUGCGUUAGGCUUGAAUUUGGAAACCAAAUGUAAAAAGGUAAAAACUCUUCGGGUGUGCAGUGCGCACUUCAGUGACGACGAUUAUGUUCCUUCAGGCCCAAGACAGAAGAAGAGAUCGGUUUUGAAGAAAACUGCUCUACCUGCACCCCAGAGAGGAGUCAGCACUUACUCUGAAGAAAACUGACCAUCAGGUACAGUCAGUGGUGAACAGUCCUCGGAGUCGCCGACCUACAAAACCAAGAGCACAGCAACUACUACUGAUGCAAGAAGUCACAAAGGAACCCAGAACAACAUCUACAAAACUGCAGGCUUCACUUGCCUCAGUAAAGGUAACAGACCAGAUAGGUGUGGACCAAAUGGAGGAAAAAUCCAAAGGCCAGUGAUGAGACCAAACAAGUGAAAACAGAGGAGAUAAAGUUAGAGGAUCAAAAUUCUCCUGUUCAGGAUGAGAAUAAUUUCUCUUCAGAGGAGGAUGACAUUAAACCACCAGAGGGAAGUUUAAGUGGAAAUUUAGCAGCUACUUCUUCAUACGCCCUGGAUGAGCUCAUGGACAUUGGGACAGUCGACCAAGAGGAACAAGAGGCACAAAUAAAAGAGGAAGAAAAUACAAUGGAUAUGAACAUUAGCCAGUCACCAGCUUUGUCCAACACAGGGAGUUCUUCACCUUCCACCCUAGUCAAUGGCACAAAAGAAAAAACGUUGGUUGAGUCAGAAAGUUCGUCUCCAGCUCUGGUCCAAGUGAAGGAUGAGCCUCUGGAUGAAGAGUACGACCGAGCCCUGAAUUCCUCCACCACUGUGAAAGACGAAGAGGAAUCCCCAAAGAAUGACCUACAGAUUGGUGCAGUUUUCUCUGUUCCCCCGGAGAAGCCUGCGCAGCCUCCUUCAGGUCACAUGUCAUGCUCCAGGUGUAAAAAGGCUUUGGUGAAGGGUCAGACAGCGUUUCAGAGGAAGGGCUGCCCAUCUGUGUACUGCUCCACCAGCUGCCUCACCGCCAACCUCAAGAAGAAUGAUCGGAUGUGCCACCAGUGUCGCAAGGUGAUUGAACGGCCUCACGAAAUGGUCGUCUGUCCUGAUUCUUUGGGAGUGGUGAAGAACUUCUGCAGCCAGAAGUGCCUCUUCUCAUUUAAAAAACUCCCCACUGCACGACCUUCAACCUCAGCCUCUACAGAGGCACUCUGCAGCAUGUGCAGUCGCUAUGCCGCUAGUAAGCAUGAGGUGUCUCUAUGUGGAAUCUUGCACAAACUCUGCAGCGAUGACUGUUUUCAAACGUUUCGGACGACAAAUAAACUGACGAUGUCCGGCUGUGUCCAGUGUGGAUCCUUUUUCAGCACCAAACCGCUUCUCCUCAUCCUCAGUGACGGCAACAAGACCCUCUGCAACCAGGACUGCCUCACCAAAUACAAAGAGAAAAACCAGUCAAGUUCAUUUUGUACGAUGUGCCGCUCUCAUCGCCUGAUGUCGGAGAUGGUGGAGAACACAAACCCGGACAACUCAGUCAACCUCUUCUGUAGCACCAGCUGCAUCAUGGCCUACAAAGUCCAGACCGUCAGCACCUCAGGAGUGCGUUUGAGCUGUGACACUUGUAUGAAGAUCACUGUCCCCUCGUAUCAUUUGGCCAUGUCCGAUACCUCAAUCAGAAACUUCUGCUCUCUGCCCUGUGUUCUUUCAUUUCAGGAAAAAUUCAAAAAGCAGCCAUCUCUCUCAAAUGUUUUCACCAAGUUACCAGGGGCAGGAUUGGCUCCACAGGUCCCCAUCGCCCCUCAGCCCACCUCCACCAUCUCCCUCCCCCCUCUGCCCAAACACCUGUACUGUCGACAGUGUGAGAGCAAAGUCACUGCGAAGCCAGAGGUCCUGCAAAUAGAGGACAAGAUGGUCUUCUUUUGCGGUCAGAACUGCCUUCUGGAUUUCAAGACGAGCAACUUUUUAUUUAAUGUUUGUGAUUAUUGCAAAGUCGAAAAGGUCACCAAAGAGGUCAAACGGAUCAUGUCCAAAACCUGUAACUUCUGCAGUGACGGCUGUAAACUGCUGUACAGACACGACCUGACCAUGUCUUGGGGCAAACACUGUCAUUCGUGCAGUUUCUGUCACAGUGUCUCUAAGAAGGUUCUGACGGCUCAUUACGGCAACGCAGAGGAGGAGUUCUGCUCCGAUCUCUGCCGCUCCAAUUACACCAUGCUUUACUGCCACGUAGCAAAAUGUGACUUUUGUGCUCGAAAAGGAAAACUGAAGCAGAGUUUGUCUCUUUUGGGCGAUGCUAAACAUUUCUGUGACCUCAACUGUCUGCUGCAGUUCUGCAUUAAGACCACACAGGAACAGGGGGCACUAAAACUGAAACCUGCUACUCCUGUCAUCGCUAACGUAAUGUCGCUGGCCAGCUCUGCACCAAUUCAAGCCAGGACAAAAGAAUCAUUUACAAGUCCAUUGUCUUCAACAGAAAUUAGAAGUGCUGUCGCAGUUAAGACGACAAAUGCGAAACCAACUGCUCCCUCUGGUCCUGUUCCUCCGACCAAAAUCCUGAAGAACAAGGCUCUUCUUUGCAAACCACUCGUUCAAAAUAAAGGUGUCUCCUGUAAAACUCAGACCACAGACUCCGCAAUGCAAACAGAUAAAUCUAAACCCGACGUCCUGAUCCUGCCGGUGCCUGUCCCUGUUUAUGUCCCGGUCCCCAUGGGGAUGUACAGCCAGUGCACACCCCACCCCCUGGGCCUGCCUUUUCCUUUGCCCGUGCCCAUGUUUCUCCCGGUGGCGAUGGACAACGCAGAGAAAAUCGUGGAGACCAUUCAGGAAAUCAAGGAGAAGAUCCCGUCUGACCCAUUUGAGGCGGAGCUGAUCCUGAUGGCGGAGAUGGUCGCCGAGGACAGUGAAGAAAAAACGACAGAGAAACCUCCCGGGAGACAGUCGAGCAGAACCAACGCACCUGCACACGACGACCGCACCAGUACGUACAGUGAUGAUUUGGACACUGAUGACUUGACAUCUUUCCUGAAUAACUGGGAGCAGACUGACGUUGGUCUGAGGACGCCCAGUCAACCCUUCGCCAACGAAAAGGUCACCCCGCUCAUUGACAUCCCCGUAGGAACGCCGAAUGUCCAGUACCAUGACAACCGCACAUACAGCCCUCCGCCCAUGGACCUAGAGGCCGACCACACCAUUGAAUCAUUGGAGUCAUUGUCCCAACUAAGACAAAUGGCCCCUCGUGCCCCAUCACCUCCUGCAAGACAUCCUCGGAAAGCCAGAGAGAAAAGACGGGGUCGUAAGCCAAAGCGGUACACCAAGUCCCCAGAGCCAGAGGUCCCCAGCGCCCCUGUUAACACCGAAGUGACAUUGAAAAGUGAAUACGGACUGAACGCCUGGAAACAAUGGGUCCAUUGGAGACGAAAUCAACCACAGCUACAGAAACUGCGCAUUGGCUCUCGCCCCUUUGAAUUGAAGGAGGACGUGCUCCAGUGCACCACAGCAGAGCUCAGUAUGAGUCUGUGUUUCUUCAUGUCUGAAAUUAAACGUCCAAAUGGAGAACCCUAUUCCCCCGACAGCCUCUACUACCUCUGCCUCGGCAUUCAGAAGCACCUGUUUGAUAAUGGUCGUGUGGAGAACAUCUUCAUGGAUCGGUUUUACAGUCGAUUUUCUGCAGAUUUCACAAAGAUGUUGGGAGACUUCAAACCCAUCGUCACAUCCAGCGGUUACGUGCAUUCCCGUGUGGAGGAGUCAUUCAUGUGGGAGUGUAAACAGUUGGGGGCAUAUUCCCCCAUCGUGCUGCUGAAUACACUGCUUUUUUUCUGCUGUAAACACUUUGGCUUUCGGACGGUGGAGCAGCAUCGGCAGCUCUCAUUCGCUCACGUCAUGCGCUGCACAAAAACCGACCCCAGCAACAACAAGACCACCUUCCUCCGCUUUUACCCUCCUGUGCCCCAGCACGUGCUGCCACAAGUGCCCCCAGCAGCAGAUACAGAUGCACCAGCGCCAAAGAAGCGGAAGAGCGAGGACCCAACAGAGGAGGUGCUAGAGAUGCCUGAAAACUCAGAGAAUCCUCUUCGAUGUCCUGUCCGACUUUAUGAAUUCUACCUCUCAAAAUGUUCUGAAUCAGUGAAGCAGCGCACAAACCUGUUCUACCUGCUCCCAGAGCGCUGCUGUGUCCCGAACAGCCCCCUGUGGUUCUCCUCCACACCACUGGAUGACACCACCAUGGAGUCUAUGCUGGUCCGCAUCCUGUCAAUGAGAGAGCUGCACCCCAAAUACAACAGUAACCAUGGCAACGACAAUUUUGACUCCCUGGACGACAAACCGUACAUACCAGAAGAGGAGGAUUCGGAAUGACGCUGAAGAUGCUAAAUCGGCUGACGUGGCAAAUCCGGCUUCUGUCUUUUUGUAAAUAUUUCUAUGGACAAAAAAAACAUUUAUGUUGUGUUUUUACAAGAUGAAAAGAAAAACCGGUCAAGUUGCACCAAGGAUUCGUAAUGUUGAUCUACACAGAACUGUCAAAAAGGACAAUUUGACACUACAUUUUCACAAAAUUUGCUGUUUUUUGUGAUUAAAAUCUGCAGUUUAUUCUUUUUCGCACACAAUCAUUUUGAUUUUUUUCAUUAUUUUCAACUCUUAAAUCUCUUGUCAUUUCUUUUUUCCAAUCAUUUACAGAGUUUCGCAGUUUAUCAAGUGUCAUUGCACAUAUUUAAGCACAAAUAGCCUUUCCUGUUCAGUUUAUUAAGGUAAAUCCAUAUCUUUUAAAAUGUCUAUCAAGUCAUUUUCAGUGACAUAAAUUGCUGCAACCUAAAAUACUACUGAAAUACUACUGAAAAUAAUACUAAAAUAAUACUGUAGCUUUCAAUUUCUAUCAAUACUUUCUCAUGUGGGGUUACUUGCCACCAUAACACAAUUGCACAAGAAAAAAUUAUUUGUAACGGUUAUCAAAACAGAUCAAAACUAAUAAUAUUAAUGGAAUUAUUAGUUAUAUUUUAUAUUCAGGAGUUGCCUUGGCUAAUAACAAGACUUUUAAACUCUAAUUUGAAGUAUUUGGAAGAGAUAUGCUAAAAACAAGGCUAUAUUGUCAGAGCAACAGCCUUUAUUAGGUCUCUAAACCAGAUGCCCUCCCAGAUCCACAAUUUUAAUUUUGAGGCUUUACUACUUUGCCUUUGCCACUUUGAUUAGUUUUCAUAUAUUUUAAUCACUUAAUUUUUUUUCUUCCUUUUUUUAACCAAACAUUUAUUUUUGUUUUCUUUUUAUAACCACUUUAUAAGCUUAAUUUAGUUAUCAUUUCUUAGAUCAUAUCUGGAACCCAUCUCUAGCCAUGGUAGAGUAGAUACUGUCUAGGAAACACUGUAUAUUUUUGCCAUUUAAGAAAUUAAUCGUCUGAAAAGCUCUCGCACAAAAGUAUUGAAUGUAAAAAAGUAAAUGCGGACAUUGUCAAGUAAUUCACUGAAGGAUCUAAAUGUUUCUCUCCAUAACAUAAGACUGUUCUCCAAUGUGAGUCUCCAUUUUCUAUUGUAUGAUCUUUUUCAAUAAAACACAAAACAAGGCU